AUGAUGAUGAGCCCUACGGAACUUUCCAAAAGAAGUGAUAGUAAUAACAAUUUGGACAAUGGCAGCCAUAUCUCUGAUGGUGAUACAAGAAGAAGUAGCAACGCUACCACAAGUAGUAGCAGCAAUCAUUGUCUCAGUUCCUCUCCUCAGCUGAUUCACAGUGGUGUUCAGGGAUUUUCCCUCGAAACAGAUAUGUCGGCUUUGGUAGGGACUUCACCCAAAAGCUUGUGCUCUUCCAUCAUGAAGGUCAUGGAAGGAAAUGCUCUGUUGGACGUCUGUGAUGAAAUUGGUGGAUCAUCCUCAACCCAGAGUGAGACGACGACUAAUCAUCAUGCUGCCAAUACCAGUACGAUUCACGAUAGUGGUGGUAGCAAUAUCCAAGCCUCCUCCUCAUCAUCAUCAUUAGGACAGGCUGCUCUUGCUUCUCCCUCCUUUGAUGAUGGUGAUAAUUGUCGCUUGGUAGUGCCAACUAAGGGUGGGGCAGCAGGCAUGAGUACGGUCGAUCAAGGCUCUUCUUCCUCAAUACUGAUCCCAACGAAUUCAACGACAGAUCUCCUAAAGCCUAGUCCUGUCCGAACAACAGCCUCAUCCAUCUUGGCUCCAAAGAUUGGCAAUUCCAUCCUCGGAAUGGACACUUCUUCUAAUAUCACUAGUAGCAGUAACGGCAAUUCCUUAAACUCUUCCUCACUUGUAGGUUCCAGUAAUAGUAAUCAUCAUAAUCACAACAGCAACAACAUCAACAGGAUAUUACCAUCUCUAGGAUUUCCCAGUAUGAUGAAUACGAGCAUGCCACCAAUGCCAGGCUUCCCAAUGUUACCUUCAUCGGGAACCACACCCUUUCCUCUUCCUGCUUCGUCCAUAUCAUCAAUGUCUCAAACCUCCAUGUUGCAACAACCUUUUCCAGUUCAGAAUUCUUUAAUUCAAUCAUCAUCUGUUAGCUCCAACAUGACAACCAAUUCGAAGAGAAAAAGCAACUCGCCUCAAAUUACCUCAAAAAGAAAAAAGAUGCACCAGCCUUACAAAUCAGAGAAAGAUAAUAGUGAUGGUGAUGAUAAUGAUGAAUCAACUGGUUCUAGUGAUCAAAGUGAUGGAGAUAGUGGUGACGAAAGCAACAAAAAUAGUAGAGGGCUUGUCUCAUCAUCUACCCGGCCAUUAACUCCGCUGAAACAACCCGAUUCAAGUCACGUUCAUCAUCAAGAAAAUGAAGAAGCAACACGAAAAACCCAUCCAGUGAGCUGCCUCAAUCACCUGUCUCAGUCACACCGAGCCUUUCAAGGCGGUAGUGGCAGUAGUGGUAAUUUGACGUUAGGCAUACCACCCUUUCCAACACCUUCUAACCCACCCAAUAAUCCAUUCAAUACAUCACCAUUUCUCGCACCCAACUCUAUGAGUGGAAGUGCAAAUAUGGUGUCACCAUCAACGACGACAAGCACCACGCCACUCUCUCGAGAUCAUUCAAACACACUUAACCUUUCGGUGGCAACGCAGCUGCAACCAAUGACAACCAAGAGUAGCCAUGACGAUCUCUCUUCCAAGAAAAAGCGAAAGGUUCGACAAGCGAGUGAUACCACUGCCAAUGCAUUGCAACCAAGUUUGACCAUGAGCCCUUCCUUAAUGAAUUCUUUUCUUCUGUUUCCUCCUCCAAGAAACCAUGUUGACACUACUCCCUCUCUUACAGUCACCACCACCAACAACAACAACAGUAAUACCAUAUCAUCUCCUUCUACCCCAUUGUCUUCAUCAACCGUAAUGAUGAACCACUUUCCCACUCAUCACCCAAACAGUGGCAUGUUUACAACACAUGCCCCAACACAUUCGACAAAUCUUUCACUUGCACCCUCUACGGCUCUGGCCCCAAGCAGCAGCAAUGCAACUACAAGUACCGCUACCAACACUAGUACACAUCCGAUUGUCAUUCCUUCACCUUCAUCACUUCCUCCCGUACUAAUAGCAUCCUCAUCUUCACACCUUUCCUCUCCUCCACUAGCAUCAUCUCCAGACCAAAAGACUCAUAUCCGAACCACAGCAGAGUCACCAACUGUGAUAGGACCUGAGAAAAAAGCUUCUCCUGGAUCUACCCAAAUUUCGUUCAAACUUUGGCUUAAAACUUUGGACACUCUGUCAAUAUCUAAAUUGAAGCUUGUCCAAGAAAAGGUCAAUCAACUACUUCAGGAAAAGGAGAGCAAAAAAACGCCUCUUGCUCAUGCAACCACUCUUAAAGAGGAUCACACUAUUUCAACUGAUCCUAUGGUUAUUCAAACACCUGUCACCACCCCUGGUACAAACUCCCAAGAUAGCCUCAUUGAAACCAACCAUGAUGGAGUUUUUGAAGAGAAUGAUGCGGCAGCACUUCUCUCUAGUGGAGGCCUGUCAUCGAUUGAUACUCUACUUAGUGUGGCCCUUGCUGACUAUUCAUCCCAGAAAGACAGCAAAAUAACCCCAAGAAGCUCAAAGAAAUUUUCAAUUGUGACACCGCCCUCUCCUUUUCUACCUCCGUUCCCUUCUUCAAAGAGUAGUACAACACCAAAGAUGGCCAUCAAAUCUCUCACUUCUGACGACGAUUCAGAUGCUGGCUUUUCUGUUGAAUCUGAAGCUCUACAAAUUGAAGGAAGGCAAGUUGAGCCAUUUGUGAGAGAAUAUAAGGGACAUGGAUAUCUCUAUCCGGGACGACGAGGCCUGAAAUCACAACAAGUGAAAGCUCCUCUGUGUACUUUUCCUGGUAUGAGAACUACAGUCUUAGAUAUUGACAAGGGAGGAGACUCUCCGACCUUUAUUGAAGGUGAUGAUAUUGUUAAUCCGGUGAUUGAUUUGGAACAUCAUUUAGAAUUCUACAUUCCAGACAAAGACAUGACCUUGUACAGAAAUGUGAGAGCCUAUGGAUUAACUCUUCUCAAACGAGUGGACAGGAAUUGCUACAUUGAAGAAAGCAAAAUUCUCUUGGCAAGAAAACCAACAAAUCUAUCCAAGUCAAGUAGCUAUUCUUCUGAAAAUGAGUACUCGCUCUCCAUCGUGGCACAGGAAGAAAAAGAGUACCCAGCUGAUUAUUCGAUUCUACUCAUAGAGACUAGAGGUAAAAAAAGAAAUGUCAACAUCUCUGAGGAAGACAAAAUUUCUCGAUAUUGUGAAAUAUCACACGACUAUGUCACUAAGCAGACUAAGUUCAGAAUAGGUUUCAGAAUAUGUAAGGCUCAAAAAAAGAAGCACACGAAGGGUAUUUACAUGCUCCGAUUGGUCGCGUUUUUGCAUGAUGAUCAUCCUGCGGUAGCCGGUGGCACUCCUUCUUCGUCAUCCUCAUUAUUUGAACCAAGCUCACUUCAAGAAUUUGGGAUCAAAAAGGUGUUAGAGGAAAGUGACACGUUCAAAAUUGUAUCAAGAAGGUCUGUUGUUGAAAGAACAAGAAUCAACAAGAGAAAAAAGAGUACUACCAAUGAGGACGAAGACGAAUCACCUAGUUCCAAUCCAUAA